ACACCUUGGGGGGUUUGCAAAAUGCCUGAAGAGACCAACGAGCCUUCUUCUCAUGGAGCUACUCCUAAGCACCAAGGAGAGCGCCAUAAAGCCAUUCAACCAGCAAAGACAUGUCCUAAAUGCGAAGACUUCGUAAAGAACGGCUCAUCUAUCCACUGGACCCUAGCUUACAGGAGGUGCAGGUGUCACAGGUCCUGGAAAUACAGUCUUCCUGAGGAAACGCUCUCUUUUGACACCAGAUGCGUUAGUGCAAUGAAAAGAUCUGCAUCAUUUAAUGCGUACAAGCCCGGACAGAGUUUGCUUAUUCCUCGCAAGCAAGGAAAAGGAACACUGGCUACUCCUUGGUUGAGUACUGCAGCAGCAGCUUCCCCUGCUGCUACAGGUCGUAAGAACAUGCUCAUCAAAAGGUUCACAAUGCCAAACAACCCUCACCUUCCACCACUUGCCAGCUCGGUCAAAUUGAACUCUGUGAAAGUGAGAGAUAAGGUAAAUGCUAGCAAAUCCAGAGAUGAGAAUAAUCAUACAGUACUGCAAAGCAAUGGAGGAGUGGAGCCUUUAGCUAGCAACAGCUCUUCAUCAUCAUCGCAUAAGCAAGUUUCUUUCUGUGUAGUGGAUUCUCCUACCCAUCACACUUCUAGUAACAAUGCCGGGAGAGUUGUUGCGAUGAAAAAGGAUAAGCUUGAAACUCAAUCGUCAAUCCCUUCCUUACCUCAAAUACAAAGCAACUGUGGAUUAAUUCAGUCCAUUCUUACUAAUGGCGGUGCUACUACUGUGUCUUCUAGUACUGAUUCUGAAUCUGAGGAAGGAACAGGCGGUGCAAAAACUACUUCCGUUCUUGUUGCAAAGAAGCCUGGUAGAUUUGAGUUUAUUAAUCUGCUGAAGUGCGUUCAGAAUCAGACAAAGUUGCUUGGAUCAGAUCUCUUUGAUUUGCUUGAUACAAACGAUGAUGGGCAUCUUUCAUUUGCCGAAACUAUGUCUGGAUUAACUAAGAGCUGGCAAAACUCUUCGGCAAUACUAAAGUUAGAGUAUCACUUAAAACCGUUAUAUCACAUGCUUGGUGAUGAUACUUAUUUUGGUAAAAGAGAUUUCAUUCUUUGCUUUGCCAUUGCUCAAAUAUUCAAGGAAAACAACUCUAGUAUACCAUACUUAUCAAAUGUUGAUACCCAGUUUUAUUGCAAGACUGUUAAGCUAUUAAUGGAAAUGAUUACAGAAUGCAAGGAGAUUGAUGUUCAUGCACGUGUAUCAAUACCAGAAAUAGAGAGCUCAGUUAAAAAGCUAGGCGGAAAAAUAUCAUUUAACAUAGCAACAGCUUUGAAGCUUAAAAGACAUGUUGAAGGAUUCACAUACCUGGAAUUGUUGCUGUUUUGUCCAUAUUUAUUAACAAUACAUAAAUGAACAAGUAAACAGAACUAUAAUCAUACUUUCAAGCAUCAGUUUUAUUAUUACAAUAUCAUUUUGAAUGACCUGCAAGCCAUCUCAAGGUGUUUUUAACACA